ACAACAACAACAACUGCAUGAUGUUCAUGAAAAUUACCUCUAGAUCUGAAUAAUAUCAAUUUCUUGCUGAAUUUUAGAUUUUGGUAUCGAAUCAUCAACUUUAUACUAGUGAUGGCGUGUUUACCAAGUGGGCUCACAAGGCUUCUAGCAGGGAAGAACAUAGCAAGAAUAACUAGGAGAUGUCUUUCUUCAACCAAUUACGAUGGGUUCAAGGUCCGCCAGCUCCACGGAAAGGAAUCUGCAAGCCUUGCCAACAGUCAGACUGCAGAGGGCAGCAGACUCACAAACGAGGACUUGAAAGUCUUUCACAGUGUCGACCCCAACGGCUUCUUCGUUGCCCUGGACAAUGCUGGGGACAUCGUCGGGACGAUAGGUGCAGUGAGGUGGACAGAGAAGCUGGGGUUUAUAGGUUUCUGCCAUGCGGGUGAGGAAGCCAAAGACAGGGGGGUAGAGGAGGCCCUCUGGCUGGCAGCCAUGGAGCACCUAGGGGACAGGAACAUUGGCAUCGAGGUCGACGCCUCUGAAGCGGAGAAGUGCGGCCAGCUUGGUUUUCAAGAGGAAUGGAGAUCUGGAUGUUAUAAAGGAGUGGGUGUGUCACUCUUACCCGAAGCGCAAUCAACCAAGAUCGUGAGACGGAUCACGGACAUGCCGUUCAGCAAGGUGGCGUACUUUGACGAAGACCUCUUCGAUUUCCAGAGGAUGAAGUUCCUGUAUCGUUGGGCGAACAUAGAGCCCCCUGCCGGCCACGCCUACGCCCUCAGUGAAGAUGAAAAGGUCAUGGGUUACGGAGUCCUGCGACAGUUGAACCUAUCCAAGAAGUACCGCAUCGCACCACUCUACUGCCAGCACACCGCGGUAGCGCAGGUUCUCCUCCUUGCCCUCUUAAACAACAUCCCGGAGCAAACGGUUUACAUCGACUCUCCCUUCUCCAACCCGUCUUUCACGAGGAUACUGACCACGGACUUGAAGAUGGAGCAGAUCGGGGAGAGGGUUCGGAUGUACACCAAAGGUGAUCCCGGAAUGCCCCUGCAGAAGAUGUUUGGAACCAUGGGAAGCGACCUCGGGUCAUGAUAUUCGUCAAUUUUGUCAAGACUGGUCAUGAUUUCAAAGCAAAACAAAAGAUGAUGUUGUGAGUUAUACAGGCAGCAGAAUAUAUGCUGCUUGAACUUAAGAAAUCUGGAUGAAGGGAGAGUGUGAUUAUAUAAGGUACCAAAGGCGACCCUUGCAUGACCCUUCAGAAGAUGUUUGGAACCAUGGGAAGCGACCUCGGGUCAUGAUAUUCAUCCUUUUUUUGGUUUGACUAUUGUCUCAUGAUUUCAAAACAAAACAAAAAAUAAUGUUGUGGGAUAUACAUGCAGUAGAAUAUAUGCUGCUUAAACUUCAGAAAUCUGGAUGAAGGGAGAGUUUGGAUAUAUACCAAAGGUAACCCCGGUAUGCCCCUUCAGAAGAUGUUUGGAACUAUUGGGAGCGACCUCGGGUCAUGAUAUUCAUUCGUUUUUGUCAAGACUGUUACCUCAUGAUUUCAAAGCAAAAACAAAAAAUGAUGUUGUGAGAUAUACCGGUACAUGCAGUAGAAUAUAUGCUGCAUGAACUUUAGAAAUCUGGAUGAAGGGAGAGUAUGGAUAUAUAAGGUACCAAAGGCGACCCUUGCAUGCCCCUUCAGAAGAUGUUUGGAACCAUGGGAAGCGACCUCGGGUCAUGAUAUUCAUCCUUUUUUUGGUUUGACUCUUGUCUCAUGAUUUCAAAACAAAACAAAAAAUAAUGUUGUGGGAUAUACAUGCAGUAGAAUAUAUGCUGCUUGAACUUCAGAAAUCUGGAUGAAGGGAGAGUUUGGAUAUAUACCAAAGGUAACCCCGGUAUGCCCCUUCAGAAGAUGUUUGGAACUAUUGGGAGCGACCUCGGGUCAUGAUAUUCAUUAUUUUUUGUCAAGACUGGUCGUGAUUUCAAAGCAAAAAGAUAAUGUUACAAGAUAUACAUGCACACGCAGUAGAAUAUAUGCUGCUUGAACUUAAGAAAUCUGGAUGGAGGGGGAGUUUGGAUGUACAGGUGUAUACCCAAAGGUGACCCCAACAUGACCCUGCAAAAUAUGUUCGGGUCGUGAGACACAUCUCAAUUCUAGUGUCCCAACUGGUGCUUCUUGAUUUGAAAGCAAAUUUAUUUUACGAGAUGUUUUACUUGCCAGUAGAACAUGCUAUGGAUAAAGAAAAUUGAGGAGAGGGUGCCAGUUAUGACCAAAGGGGACCUGGCGUGCCUCUUUAGAAGAUGAAGCGAAAAAUAACAUUAGGCAGCGUACAUGCUGCUUGAGUGUUUAUGUGGAUGGUUGACAUUAUGGAGAGGGUGCUAAUUAUUCAGCUGAGGGGACCAUGGAAGACCCAUUCUGAUGGAAAUGGCCAAAGUGGUCAGAACUGUGUAAAUUCAUUCAAUGGGAUUGAUUAUUCUGAUAUCAGCGCACAGUUUCGUAUUGAAUUUGGAUGUCUGACUGGAUGUCCGACUGAAUAUAUGGCCUAAUUUUGAACAAAUAUCAAUACAAAUGGUCAUUUUGGGCCCAAAAGUGACUAGAAUUACCAUAUUGUUGUUGACCAAUUGGACUACUUUUUAUAGCACCAGGGCACAUUUUAACAUAGAAUAUACCCAUCAAAUCUCCUUUGCUAAUAAUAAUGAUUGGAAAAAUUUCCCCUGAGAUAACGUGUCCAAAUUGGUCAGUUUUGACCUAAAAGCGGUCGAAGUGACCAAAUUGUCAUAAGCAAUGUCAAUAAAGACUGAUAUUAUUUUGAAUCGGCGCAAAAUUUUACCCCGGAUAAGUUAUUUAUCCCUUCUCCAGUGUAAAGUCUGAUUAAAUCCCUUUAUAUCCUAGUGUAUAUAUAACACUGCCACUGCUGAUAUUUUUGUCACCUUUUUCCGUAAUACAUCAUCACACCAUAUUAUUUGCUACAUUCAUGAAACACUAAUCUCCAUCAGAAAGCUUAUGCUUGUCAAUGAAAAUGCAUUUGGAGAGUGUUUGACUCUUUAUGAGAAUUAUCUGGUCUUUCACAUGUACAGUAUGACUACAUGUAUGUGCCUUACAAAAUAUUCAGGAGUGAGAAAAGAUUGAAUAGUAAAAAUGUCAUAGAUAUUGUAAUUGAUUGUGAAUAUUUCAGGCCAAAGUAUCGUGUUGCAUGUAACAAAUAAUUACAUUAAUCAUGAACCUCCAUCAUCUGCUGACUAGUUUCAGAAA